CCAUAUUUCCCGUUCGAGUGUUGAACAGUGAACAUCGGUGAACGAUGGCGUCUACCGUCCUAAAGUGGAAACGAGUGAAAGAGUCCGCCGGUCCCAGUCCCAAACCUCGACAUGGGCAUCGUGCCGUAGCAAUCAAGGAUUUGAUGAUCGUUUUUGGAGGUGGAAACGAAGGAAUAUGCGAAGAACUGCACGUUUACAACUCAGUCACAAAUCAGUGGUUCGUCCCGCCUGUGAAAGGUGAUAUUCCACCGGGAUGUGCGGCUCACGGCCUCGUCGUGGACAACACUCGAAUUCUUGUGUUCGGCGGAAUGAUCGAGUAUGGUCGUUACUCGAACGACCUGUACGAACUUCAAGCGAGCCGGUGGGAGUGGAAGAAGCUUGUCACAAGUCCGGAGAAAACUCCAUGCCCUCGUCUCGGUCACAGUUUCACAUUGAUUGGAAAUCACAUCUACAUGUUCGGGGGAUUGGCUAACGAUUCUGACGAUCCAGAAAAAAAUGUGCCUAGGUAUUUGAACGACUUCUAUUCGAUCGAAUUGCUGAAUGGAACAGACGUCGAUGAUUGGGUUCGAGUGAUGCCGUUUGGCAUGCCACCUUCACCCCGGGAAUCGCAUUCAGCCGUCGCUUAUGUUACGAAAAGUGGAAUGAGCAAACUGGUUAUUUAUGGCGGCAUGAGUGGCUGUCGGUUAGGUGACCUAUUCGUCUACGAAGUGGACUUGGGAUCGUGGAAAAAACCUGUCAUCGGUGGCAUGCCGCCUCUACCCAGAUCUCUCCACACAGCAACUGUCAUAGGCCCUCGCAUGUUCGUUUUUGGAGGUUGGGUGCCACUUGUAGUCGAAGACCCGAAAGGUGGCGUUCAAGAGAAGGAAUGGAAGUGCACAAACACACUUGCGUCGUUGAAUUUAGAAACUAUGUCUUGGGAACCCCUAGCGAUGGAAGUGUACGACGAAAGUCUUCCGCGAGCGAGAGCCGGGCAUUGUGCAGUUUCAAUACGUAAUAGGCUAUACAUCUGGAGUGGGAGAGAUGGUUACCGAAAAGCUUGGAAUUUCCAAGUUUGCUGCAGAGAUUUUUGGUACUUGGAAACGGAAGUACCUGCUGCACCAAGCCGCGUUCAGCUGGUGAAGGCCAGUUCCACUUGUUUGGAAGUAUCUUGGAAGCCAGUUUCAAACGCUGAUGGAUACUUGGUUGAAUGUCAGAAGUUAAGCGCCCCGUCAUUGAAAUCAGAAUCCGACGUGAAAAGCAACGUAGACAUGAAGGUUAAAAUAGAGGGUUUCAAGGCGCCGAAACCGGCUCCCCAGCAGCCGACGAUUGUGACGCCUCAGGGAGUUCGAUUGAUCCCAGUUCAAGGAUCGGGAUCCAAUGUUGUGAAGUGCAAUCCGCCGCCGAAGGUAGUUUCGAGUCCAUUGCCCGUCAUUGCACAACAAUUACCCAAAGUGGUUCGUCCAGCAAGUCCUAAACUCCCUGUUACCGGACAGAAAGUUGUUUCUCUGGGGCCUUCAAGCAUUCUGCAGCCUAAUGCAGUUUUCAAAACAGUUCAGUCUCCACAAGGUGUACAACGCAUUGUGCGCAAUGUUGCACCUGGAUCUGCUGCUGCUCUUGGUGCCAAAAUGGUGUUCGUUUCCUCUGGCAGUAUAGCCAAUUUGGGUUUGGCCAGUACGAAAUCUAUAACAAUCGCCGGAGGCCAGAGUGUUCCCCAAGGAACCAAAGUUGUAACGUUGGGCAACAAACCUGGCAGUCAAACCUUGAUACUGGGUGGAAAGCCGGUAACAGUGCAGGUUACAACUGGUGGUGGUGGGAAGACUGUUACAGUUCUACAAAGUCAAGCUGGUGGUUCGUCUCCCUAUCUGACGAGUGCAGUUGGAGAAAAGAAGUUCGUCGUUGUGCCACAGGUAGUCACGUCAGCUGCAUCAGGGUCUGAACAGAGCAGUUUUUCGGGUAGCGACUCGAUGAUGGAUAUGAGCUCUGGAGCAGAUGAUGGAACUGGUGAAGAAAUGGAUGCGUCUGGUUUCUCAAUUCCGCAAGUGGAUGGUGUUGGCGAAAAUUGCGACGACGAAGAUAUGUUUGAUUUCUUGAGUCCACCUUGAGGUUCGAUGUGGCGCUCGUUUCUACGUUCGAUAUCCGACGUUAUUGAAAUUUUGUAGAUCAAUUUCGCGGAAAGGGAAAUCCGGUCUAACUUUGCUGACUUGAUAUGGUCCAUUUGUUUGUAUUUUUUUAUUCGAAGGUAUUUCAAGAAAUCGAUUUCUGGAAUGCGCGGCGUAAAUGUAUUUCGGUUGUAUUUUUCUGUUUCUGAAGUUCUCCCUUUUGUUUUCCGAGUUACGAGGAGCAUUGCCCUUAUGUUGAAUCAUUUGUGCUGUGCAUAUCCAGAAGCUUUGAGUCAGCGCGGUUUAAUUUAUUUUGUGUAGGGUCCAUGGCGUCAUCUUCCAUGGGCACUGCAAGUCUUUUUAUCUUAUUUUUUUCUCUGCAUGCGCGUUAUGAAUAUACCUGGAGAUUUUGGCCAUAAUGCUUCA